AAAGCAAGCGCUCCGGUUUCCUGGCGGAGAAGAUGGCGGCUCCUGGACCGGGGGAGUAUUUCAGCGUCGGGAGCCAUGUCUCUUGCCUCACCUGUUUGGGCCAACAACUGCAGGGAGAAGUGGUCGCGUUUGACUACCAGUCCAAGAUGUUAACUUUGAAAUGUGCUUCCUCCAGCGGUAAGCCAAACCUCAACGACGUCAUCCUGAUCAACUUAGCCUAUGUAUCUGAUGUGGACAUAAUCCAUGACCGUACUGAGACUCCACCUCCUCUAGCAUCACUGAAUGUUAGCAAGCUUGCCAAUCGAGCACGGACAGAAAAGGAAGACAAGCUGUCCCAAGCCUAUGCAAUCAGUGCUGGGGUUUCUGUGGAGGGCCAGCAGCUAUUCCAGACUAUUCACAAAACCAUCAAAGACUGUAAAUGGCAGGAGAAGAACAUUAUUGUGAUGGACGACGUUGUAAUCUCACCGCCUUAUCAGGUUGAGAACUGCAGAGGCAAAGAGGGAAGCGCUUUAAGUCACGUACGCAAAAUAGGAGAUAGGUCCCACUUUUAGCUUCCUUUUACAAACUACAGCUGCAGUUGGUGGAGAUGUGCACUAAGGUUGAGAAACAUUUUAGAGACGUGGAAAGUCAGAAGUCCAUGCAACGUUCACAAGCACAGCAAACACAGAAGGACUCCACUUUAUCUUCUUGAGUUGGCAGUGCGGACCGGCCGGGGGAAGGUGAAACGGGUGGUUCUGUUCCCACUGCCAGACAAAGUCGGCAUUCCUUGUCCUCAGUCCGAGACCACAAGGAGGAGCGCUGAGGGCCUUGAAUCCUGAAGAUCAAAAUACCAUUAAAUGAAAAAGACAAAAAAAGAGAGAAGAAAGAUUAAAUCUUAAAUUAGACUUUAUAAAGAAUAAUUUAAACAUGAUCCAUAAAGCAAACCAUAGUUUCCUUAACUAACUUGUCUCAUCCUGCCUCCUCCCCCCCCCAUUCCUGUCCCUGAAACCUUUUUCUUUUUCCGCUCUCCUUCUUUUGCCUUCAGUUUCAUUUCAAAAAGAGAAAACUAGAGCAGUCAGAAAGGCUUGUUAGCUUUAUUUUCUGUCAUUGUUUCCUUAUUUUCUGUAUCCAUGUUCUACUGUCUGUAUUUUCUGUAUUUUAAAACAAAAUGUGACUUGAAACGCCACACUUUAAAGGACAUUUUCUAAAAUAAAAGUAACAAAAAUUC